AAUGAGGUCUAGAUUAUUUUAAUAAGAUAGAAAAUUUAUUGUAAAACACUCAUAUAAUAUUAUAGAACUUAUCUUUUGAUUCUAAUCAAUAUGGAUUUCCUUAAACUACAAAGAAUAGAGACAAUUAAAAAAGUAUGUUUUAGCCAGAAUUCUUUAUUCAUGAAAGUACAUCUCCUAGGAAAAGACUUAAUAAUCGAGUUAUUAUUCGAAAAUUAUAAUAAGGUUUCAUAUAAAAUUACUCCCUCUAUAAAUUUAUCCACUCACAUUUCCUAAACAUCAAAAAAACUUACUUAAAUUACAUCAAAUUUUAUAGAAAAAUCAGGUUCUUCUAUUGAAAUCUAAAAGAAUCUUAAUAAUAUAAAAGAUUAAAAGCUCUAAAACUCUAAUAAAUAACAUUUUCAUAUAUAAAAUUAUUAGUUAAAAUUAGAGAAAAAAACUAAGUAAAUCUAAACAGAUCAUAAUGAUUUUUAAAAGAAUGAUUCUAUUGAGAGAGUUCAAGAAGCUAAAGUUAUAAAAAACUUUCCAUAUCCAUCAUUAUAUUAAAUCUAUGGAAAAGUUAAAAAGUCAUCUUUCAAAGAUUAGCACUCAUUAUAAGUAAAAAUUUAUAUUGAUAUCAUUUAGAAAGUCUAAUCCCAUUUUUUAGAUGAAUCAGAAUCACCUAAACACUAAAAACCUUUGGACUGGUCAAAAAUUAAAGUUCCAUUAAAUAGUAAUGGAUGCUUAAAAUAAUAUGGCAACUAUUUAACACAAUUUGAAAAAUAAGAAAUAUUAUCAUAUAAGGAUGUAAUUUAAAAUAAUUAAAUUUAGAUCUACUAUAUAGGUUAAACUAUUAACAAACCAAAACACUUGAUGACGUCGUUUAAUGAAGGAUUCGACAAUCAAAAAGGAGAAUAUAUAAUAAAUAUUAGUGAUCAUAUAGCAUAUAGGUUUGAAAUUUUAGAAGUUAUAGGAAAGGGAAGCUUUGGCUAAGCACUUAAAGUAUUUGAUCAUUAGAAAAAUAAUAUUUCUUGUUUAAAGAUUAUUAGAAACAAAAAGAAGUCUUAUGAUUAAUCUUUAAUAGAAAUAUAAAUUUUAACAUAUAUUAAAGAAAAAGAUCCUGAAAAUAUAACAAAUAUAAUCAAGAUUAAAGAUUAUUUUGUUUUUAGAAAUCAUAUGGUAAAAUUUUAAAGAUAAUUUAAGUGUUUGAAUUUUGAAUUACUUUCAAUAAAUUUAUAUGACCUUAUUCAAAUGAAUAAUUUUUCAGGACUCCAAUUAGAAUUAAUUAGAAGAUUUGCUAUAUAAAUAUUAAAUUCAUUAAGUUUUCUUUAUAAGCAAAAUAUAAUUCAUUGUGAUUUAAAACCAGAAAACAUUUUACUAAAUAAUCAGAAUAAAAGUGGCAUUAAAAUAAUAGAUUUUGGAAGUAGUUGUUUUGAAGACUAAAGAAUUUAUGCUUAUAUUUAAUCCCGUUAUUAUAGAGCUCCAGAAGUCAUUUUAGGAAUUCCUUAUAAUAAAAGUAUUGAUAUGUGGAGUUUUGGUUGCAUUCUGGCUGAAUUGUAUCUAGGAUAUCCUUUAUUUCCAGGUGAAAAUGAACAAGAAUAGAUUAGUUUUUUUUUAGAAUUGCUAGGUCCUCCAGAUUCAGAAAUGCUUUUCGUAUCAAUUUUAUUAUUAAUAAGUUUGCUGAAAGGAGAAAAUUAUUUUUUAAAGAUUAUCAUCCCUAUAAACCAUUAAAUUAUUAAAAUAAAAGAGGAAAAGUAAGAAUACCUGGUAGCAAAAACUUGAACAGUGUUUUAAAAUGUAAUGAUAACUUAUUUAUUGAUUUUUUAACAAAAUGCUUAGUUUGGAAUCCAAAAAAAAGAAUCAAACCUAUAGAUGCUUUGAUGCAUGUAUUUAUUUUAGAGGGAUUACCCAGCAAAAUUAGACAUUAACAUAUUCAAUAUAUUUAAAAUGAAUAUUAAUAAUAUAAAAAGAAAAAAAAUCCUUUAAAAUAAGGGGAUUAAGGAAAAUAAAUUUCUAUGAAUUUCAAUUCAGAACCAGAAAUGUAUCAUAAUUCGAAAAUGAAAAGUUAAGUAUUAUAAUAAAUAUCAUGUAUAAAAUAACACUCAUAAGAAAAAGAACUUGAAUAAAAAACUAAAAAUAUUUAGAAAAGAUUAUCAUUAUCUUUACACUCUAAUAAAAAUUCAAAUUAUAAAUAACCUCUUUUAUUUAAUUAAUUUCCAGGAACAACUAAAUGUUUAGUUAAAAAAAAAAAUUGA